AUGGAACCGGAGAAUCAAGGGCUGGAUCUGGAGAGAGAGUUGACAUGUUCUAUCUGCACGGAAGUUCUCUACCAACCCCUCACUCUCCUCGACUGCCUCCAUACCUUCUGCGGCUCUUGUCUGAAAGAGUGGUUCAGCUGGCAGCUCACUGCGAAGCGCAACUCUCCAACCCCCCUGCCUGCUGGCACAUCUCCAUAUACCUGUCCAUCAUGUCGUGCGCCGGUGCGAAAUUCGCGGCACGAUGCGAAAGUUACUACCCUAUUAGAGAUGUUCCUGGCCGCGAACCCAACGAAAAGCAGAACGGCCGAGGAGAAGGAGGAUGUGAAGAAGAAAUAUAACCCGGGAGAUGAAAUUCUGCCGAAAGUGGAAGCCAGAGAAAAAACACGCAGGGAGAGGAGAGAGGAAGAUGAGGACCAGAGGUUGCUGAACGAGGUCAGGGAUCUCAGCCUCAGAGAAGUCGGUGUAGAAACACCAGAAGCAAGACGUGAGCGUAGGAGGAGAGACGAUAGCAGGGUGCGUUCUUCGAGGCCACACUCAAGUCGGGAUGUCAGCAGAGAUGGUAGGAGUGGGGAUGAGCGGGAGAGAAGGCGCCGGCGGGAAGCAGAUUCUGAGCGUAGACGGGCUAGGGAUGAUGUUUCUCUACGGCCUGGAACAGAAAGUGGGGACGAGCGGAGACGACGGCGUAGUAAUGAGGAGGGCAGGAGAAGGCACGAGGAGACCAGUCGGACGGCAGUACGCCAAAUUGAACAUCAGUCUUCUUUACGGUCUUUAAUCAGUUCUUCCGAUGUUGAUUCUCACGAAAUGGAAGAGGAGAUCCUGCGUCAAAUUAGAGAAGAAGGACUUCUAGAUGGUAUAGACUUGGAAAACAUUGAUGUGAGCCAGGAGGAUCAAAUCAGUGAGAGGAUAGCUGAGGCAUUCCGAAGGCGACAGAGCGAAAAGGCGAGGCAAGAAAGAGAGAGGAGGCACGACGAGAGUGGCCGAAGGAGGGAGGAGCGAGUCUCUGCCCCUCAGUCAAGGGAAGCGUCUGCUGAUGAUGGUGGCCGGUCUUCUAGAAGGCGAAGAACUCACUCUCGGACUACCAGUGCUGUUAGCCAGAGCGAUGAGCCAAGCAGGCCGCCCACAUCUUUAAGUGCGGCUCAUGCUGCCCAUCUAGAAGUCAAUUCUGGCGACGAGGGCAGGCGCAGAAGGAGAACUACCAGCGGGAGUCGAAGUUCGACCACUCCUGUACCUUUAGCAGCAGCUGAAGCAAGACCAGCGGCCCGAUCCCAGAUUGAUCUGAGUGAUAGACCUCAAUCACUCCACCUAGCUUCCGCCCGUCCUUUAGUCACAGCAAACUCCAGAAGUUCAACAGAUCCUACUGUCCAACGACCCUCCGAGUUGCCCGCUGAACAACUAGCUCGAGAAUCGCCAAAACUACCCAGUUCUAGCCCCAGAAUGCGAACAUUUGCUCGAUCAGAUGGGUUCUCAGGAUCUGCGGCAACAACAGAACCGCGAACCCGCGCAGAACCUCCUACUGAGAUAUUCGUGCCAUCUUCGACCCCCUCCGCUACAGCAAACUCCGGUAGCGACCGAGCAAUGUUGCCUGCACCGUUGUCUCCGAGAGAUCAUGGACUGGCCACUCUUUCGGACAGAGCCAAUGCUCUAUCGAGUGGCACAAGACCAACGUCCUCAUCAUCCCAUAGCUCUAGGACCCGCACACAGCUCUUUCCCGAGCCUUCUCUUACCUGUGCUAAAUGUGCAAAACCUCACAUUGAGUAUGAUCUCCACUACAAUUGUGCUUUCUGUUAUGGUGGAAAUUAUAACCUCUGUCUUUCAUGCUACCGAUCUGGGCAAGGAUGUCUACAUUGGUUUGGGUUUGGCUAUGCAGCAUGGGCGAAAUGGGACAGAUUGACCCAGUCUGGAGAGUUGCCUGCGGAUUCAGAAAGGCCGCAUAUGCUUACAGCAAACCGCUAUGUCCCGCCAAGGAUAGCUCCCGGAGGAGCAGAUGGUCGAAGGACACUUACUACUGAUGAUCCUCAGAAGAGGCUGCAGAGUGGUACGUUUUGUGCAAGUUGCCUGGCCUGGGCAAAUGAAUGUUACUGGCGUUGUGACUUCUGCAAUGAGGCUGACUGGGGUUUCUGCAAUCUCUGUGUAAACCAAGGUCGCUCUUGCACGCACGCUCUACUGCCUCUGACAUUUAAAGCGUCGGAAUCUGACGCUCAACCACUGACGCCAACACAUGAACAGCAACUGCCGCCAUCAGCAACCAUUCUUACGGGGCCCGGCGUUAUGGAUAUUGGGCGUUUCAAACCGCUUACCUUCUCCACCAAAUGCGACGUCUGCCAUUAUCCAAUUCAGCCAUUUUCAACACGAUAUCACUGCUUCUCUUGUACCAGUAAAGUGCCUAAUACUCAACCUGGGGACUAUGAUAUCUGUACGAUUUGCUAUCCGAAACUAGUCGCAUCUCGCCGUAUCAGUGCCGAAAAUGGCAAUAGUGGCUGGCGCCGAUGCCUAAAAGGGCAUCGUAUGAUUAUCGCCGGCUUCGAAGACAACCGAGGCGGGCAGCGCAGAGUGGUUGUGCAGGAUCUCGUAGGUGGACACGGAUUACAUGAGGAGCCCUUUACGUCCACGGAUCUUUUAGAUCUUCAGCUGUGGAGUUGGGCAGACGGAGCACGCGUCAAGCUCGUCACUUUGGAUGUGAUGCAAAUUCCACCAAUCAAUGCGCCAGGCAUUAGCAUUGCGAGUGGGUUUCCACCAGAUGGAGGCAUCGGCAUGACUGGUAUUGCACUCUGGAGCUGGUACCCUUCAGAAACUGCCAACGAUGAGUUGCUGUUUCCAAAAGGUGCCGAGAUCAGAGAAGUCAAGGAUGUGAAUGGAGACUGGUUCCAUGGCACAUAUAUGGGAAAGAGGGGUCUCUUCCCAGCUCCAUACAUUAGGAUAUUGGAUAAGGGAACGAGUUGA